AUGGACGCAAUCGUUCUCAAGCUCGGCCAUCCGCUGGAAGAGGUCCGCGUGAGGUCGCUGCGAAGCAUCCACACCAAAAUCUCCACGGGGCUGUGGCCGCAUGCGCACUGCCUUCCGGAGAAGAUCCAGCAGUAUCUGCUUGACCUGCUUCCACCCCUGGCGACCGACUACACACAAGCGCAGGAAAUCCUGUCCCAGCUCCAAUCUGUUAACAGGACACCCCAACAUCCUCCGGCGGAACCUGCCAUCCACUCCCCGCGUGUGUUUUCACCUUCUUUUACUUCGAACUCCAGGCCUAGCGAUGCCAAGCCAGACGAUGGGGCAAAAGUCCCACAUAUCCCGCCAGGAGUCCACGCCGGUUGGACCUACUCUCACGUCGACUUGGCCGACGCAGACGACCAGAUGCUGUUUGAGUUCGAAGUCAAGCUCAAGAUGCACGGCGGCACGCAGGAAGGCCUUCGUCUGUUCAUGGAAUUCGGCGAGACUCUGCUGCGGGACUUUCCCGCGGAAGUGUUUCUUCAGCGACCUGCCAUUCUCCAGUUCAUCAUGCAUCUGUUGCAGGUACCCUUGAUCGAGCUUACACAACCACCCGCGUCUGGCUUUGGCGAAGCUUUGUUUGGGUACAAAAAGCUUCGUCGCCACGACGAAACCGCGCUCUUCUUCGUCCUGCUCGACCUGCUUCAAAGUCUUGUGGACGGCCUCGCCACGAGCUUUCAGUUGCACGUAGAUGCAACUUACCACACUCACGUUUGCGAGCCUCCAACGCCGUCUCACUCGACUCCCCAUCGCUCCAUCCAUGCGGGUAGUCGCAAUCCUCCUUCCUAUCCCUGCGCUGUCCCUUCCCCAGACGGUCUACGUGGCGACUCUUGGUCGUACAGCGGAGCGAUGUGCUACAUAUUCACGGUGCUGGCUUCGCUAAUGGCCCGCCCGUCGCUCCCUCGACUGCGCAUUUUGUCCGUCAUGCAUUCUCUGGUGUCGUCGUUGCAUGACGUGUCUGCCACCACGAUCGAACCAUUCGAAUCCCAGCGCCUCGCAGCGUGCUUCUCCUCGAUUUCGGAUGCGCUGGACGUAAUGGCAGGUCCUCGCGAGGACGGGUCCAUGGAUAACGUCGCCACGUUCUACACGUGGCGCCUGUUGCUCCGCAUGCUGGCCGCCAUGGGCUGUCCUUCGUCCGCCGUGAUUUCACUCUUGCCUCCUCGAAUCGUGCACGCCCUCGAAACUCUCGUCCUGGACCAAGCGCUGUUUGAAGUCGACCCGUCCAUCCGCCACCACGUGCUACCGAUUGCAAUCCUUGCCAAGCCGGCGAUCUCCGACUUGCUGGAACACCACAUCCACGUGACAAAUGUGAUCAAGAAUUGGCAGUCGUUUGUGGAAGCUGUCGACGCCGCGAUCGACGGGACAGAUCCCGCGCCGACGUUGCCCCAGGACGCGCUGACGCUGUUGAGUGUCUUGGACCAUAUUCCUCGACUGGAAGACCGAGACGAGGUGGUAAACGCUGUGGCCAAGAUAUUGCCAUCGAUCACUCAAGACGACCAGGUUGUAGCGAUCUUGGAGAAGCUUCUGCAAUGGCCCACCACGAUAUCGUCCGCUUUCGACCACGUUGUAGCGUCUCUGAGUCGGCGGGACACACGAACCAAUCUGUCCGCCGUUGUGUUGUGCCUUUGCCGACGGCUCGUCGCCGCGCCGCCCGUGGACGCGCUGUGGCAAUUGCUUCAUCUCGUCUUGCAUGACGCAGGCCACGAUGCCAUACCUUUUCUACAACAUUGGGCGUACGCCGAUGUCCCGUUGUCUUCGGCGCAUCGCCAGAUGCAACCCGCGUUGGCCGCGCGCUUGAUCGACCUGCAGCAUGCUGGGUUUACCGACACCGUGCUCGCCAUCGCGAGAUGUUUACUUCACACGUCCGAGUUUGUCCGGCGAUCGGCAGCGGUGGGGUUGGUGUCGGCGCUCGUCGACGACGACUCGUUUGUCGAUUCACGGAAUUGGAUGGUCCAGAACGACUUUCAUCCGGGUGACCCGUUCGACGCCUUGGCGCAUUCCCUGCGCGAUCAUGUGCUGUCGCACCCGCUUCCGCAACCACCCACUCCUCGACGACCCUCCGCUCGAAUCACGAGUGUCAUUACGAGUGUCCAAAAGUUCGUUGCGAUCUUGACCUCCCCUUCCCUCGAGUGGAAUAUCAAAGAGUCAGUGCUCCAUCAAGUCAUUCAAGUGGUGCGGCUGCUCGAUGCUGACACGGCCGCCGCCCUCGCCACGUCGGGCGAACUCUCCAACGUCCUCCAGGCCGUCGUGCCCUUUCUGUCUCACCCCGACACCAAGUUCCACCUCUUGCCCCUCGUCCUCCUCCGCGACCUCGUGAUGGCUUGCCCAGACGCUCGGCAGUUUGCGCGAUCUUCCACCGUGCUCCACGUUGUGCUUCCAUUUGUGUUCUCGUCCAACAUGGAUGUUCGUGCGGGCGCAUAUCUCGUCGUGCUCUUUCUCACGUGCGCGUCAGAGGUAUGGGGCGACUCUCCAGUCUCGAAACAGCUCCAGGUCCCAUCCAUGAUCACGUCUUCGUUUGGAAUCCACUCGGCAAUGUGGGCAAGCUGGGGCAUUUCAACCUAUAACCUGUCGACGAAUUCGCUCGAAUCGCCAGAAGCUCGAGACGCGACAAGCAACGAUGGCCCUGGCACCGUCCUCUCGCAGCCGCCCCUCGCGUUUAUCACAGACGCUAUUCACGCCUUGAACGGUGCCGGGUCCCACCGCGACUACCUCAACAAGAUGUAUCCAUUGGACUGUAUGGCGCGGCUGGAUGCGACCUUGACUGGGUCGGCCAUUUCGUCGCAGCUGCAGUCCAAGUCGACCUUUCUUCGCAUUUUGCACACGACCCCGAGCAGCUGGCGGGACGAAGCCGCGCUUGCGUCGCUCUUUCACGUGCUUCAACACUUGGUGCCGAUCCUGGACGUGUCGGACCUGCUGUACAUUCUCGUAGCGAUCAAGACGAAUGCCGUGCCGCUGCUACACCAAGCAAAUCAAUCGUACGGAGGAGCGUUGCACGUGAAGGUGCUCGCUCUGUUGGUAGCGAUCGCCCGCCGGGACGACAUGGUCGAGUUUGUCGCGGCCUUUCUGCUCGAAACGCAGCUCCAUGAGACGCUUCGAACGGUGUACGUCCUCGGCGACGACAGUUCUGCUCAAGCCAUCGCGCUUCGCUUGCUUUACCGCGUCCUCGUCCAUUCUCGGUCGUGCUUGGACUCGUGGAAUACCGACCAACUCGCGCCGACGCUUGUCCAACUGGUUGGCGAAUACCACCCGAGCGACUCGUUCAUUCGCAAAGACGCCAUGGCAUGGGCACUUUCGUGCCUUGUGGCCAUCGCGGCGCACACCCCGUGGACGACGCAUUCCACAACAAAUCGGUUCAUGUUCGAUCGAGAUUCGCGACUACGGGCCAUGGGGUAUGCCCUGCUGCCACCCACCGACUCGACAUACGUCGAACUGGCCCAAGAUACCGUCGUCGACAUGACAGAGUGUUCCAAAGUUCGUGUGCAGGCGGCGCAGUACGUGCUGCGGUCGCUCGACUCGUUGGACGUGCGAUACUUGACCAAACUGAUCCACGUCGUCGAAAACACCCCCGUGAUAUCGUCGGAAGUCCUGUUUGCCGUCGUGAGUCUCGUUCAGCAACGCCACCGCGACCUCCUUCCUUUGAACGCACUCGACAAGCUCGCGUCCGUCGCGUACCACCACGAAGCGUACAAGCGGUUAAGUCGAGCCGUGAUGGGCAUGUCCAUCUCGGACGCGAGCCCCGCGACGUCGUUUUUCAAGGCGACGUGGGCCACCGUGCACCGACCGACCGCCAUCGAGUGCAUCCGCGUCGUUCUGUCGGAGGUCUCCUCCAGGGAUGGUUUUGGAUUCCUGCCCCGCCUCAACGAAAUCUUCUCACUUACGUGCGACGACUCCCGUCCGUACGUGCAAUUGCUGGGGGUUGCCGUGCGCUUUUUCAGCCGCAUGAUGGACCACACGACCGUCGACCAACACGAAGAAUUGGCGCACAGGCUCGUGGCGAAGCUCGUCGGUAUGGUGCAGAGAGACGAGUCCGUCCUGUCCGCGUGCCACGUCAUCUACCACUGUGCCAAGCAUCCAUCGUGGAAAACGCUGCUGCAGACUCCACCAGGCCAAGCUAUCUCGAACACGCUGGUGCGGUGGGUUGUCGACAAGCCGCGGCAUGUCCAUCACGCCCAAGUCGCCACAGCCGUGCAAAGCGUGCUGGAAUCGCACCCGACUUUCUUCAUCGACGACGCUCUCAAACAGGGGCUUCUUGCCCAUUGCUUGACGAAAUUGACGGGGCAUUUGGCGCUCACGGCCGACGAAACGUCGUUGCUGUGCCGCUUGAUUCGCGCACAGGUCGGGUAUCACGUCGAAGCCAAGCAACUCGCAAACGACUUGCACCUGCCUGCUUUGUUCGCGUCCAUGUGGCAUCAUAUACAAGCAUCGCCCCGUGUCGUUCAAGCCUGGCUCGAAGCUAUCAACAACUACGUGUACCAGAGCCAGCCCGCCAAGCAGUCUAUCGUCGGAAGCCCAUGCGACAGCCAGUCCAGUUGCCUCCGACACCUGCUUCACCACGCAACGUCGCCAAAACCAACGCACGUGGAGCUCACGUUUGCAGUGCUCAAGUCCGUCGCGCUCAACGGGGAAUGCGUCCUCGCCAUGAUCAAGUAUGGGUACGUCGCCAAGCUCAUGGGCAUCCUGGCCACGUCGGUGUACAAGUACAAACAGACCAAACUUCGCGCAGACGCGCGUCCGAUGCUGCUCCGCAGCGUGCUGGAUGUAGUCGUAAACAUAUCGUUCUCGCCCGAUGGCCGGACGGACGUGUGCCGAUUUGCCCACCUUCAAGAUUUGCUGACCGAUUUGGUGGCGGCGCCUGCGUUGGUCGAGCCGACCGCGUUGUUGCUUCGCAACAUUUCGUUCACGUCGAUUGCCAAGGCGCAAUUUCUGCACUGGAAACCCAUCAUGACGGCGUUGCGGACGUGGCUGCCCCACGACGAUCCGUUCGUGUGCAACUUUGCCAGCACUGCCAUUUGGUCGUUGGUGUACAACAAUCAAAAAGCCACAACGAAAGCCAUGGCCGAGUUCGACUGGUCCACGUGCCUCGCCAACGCUGCGGCGUCCCUCGAACGAGCGCUGGCCGCGGCGCCCAUGGAACCCACCGAUCGCAUGCUCCUCACCCAAGCCCAAGUCCACGUGGGCUACAUCGCGCAGCUUCUUCAAUGCAAUGCCGGUGGGCCACAAUCGACCCACGCGGACCAACUCGCCGUGCAGGUCGAUACCAACUACAUCCGUCGAGAUCGUAGUCGAAAGCGCAGCUAGAAUCUCUAACGUGUACACCCAUGCUUGCGCACUGCUCC